CUCUGAUCGAGGAAGAAGGUUUGAUGUCUUAGACCCCUAGAGAAAACAGGUUAAGAAGUUUCUCUUCGAUCUUCUUCAAUCGCGCGACUCGUCUUCUGGGUUUCAAGCAGAUGAGUUCUUCGUCUUCUACCUUCCAGAUGGGUCAGCUUGUAGCUGACAAGCAUGUACGUUACAUUCUCAUGUCAGAAAAGAAGAAAGAGAGUUUUGAGUCGGUGGUGAUGGAUCAUCUCAGAAUGAAUGGUGCGUACUGGGGACUGACAACACUAGACUUACUCGACAAGCUUGGCUCUGUUUCCGUAAACGAAGUCGUUUCAUGGCUCAUGACCUGCCAGCACGAAUCUGGUGGCUUUGCUGGAAAUACUGGACAUGAUCCACAUGUUUUAUAUACACUGAGUGCUGUUCAAAUCUUGGCCCUCUUUGACAAACUAGACAUUCUUGACGUUGGAAAAGUAUCAAGCUAUGUCGCUGGUCUGCAGAAUGAAGAUGGAUCCUUCUCAGGAGAUAUCUGGGGAGAAGUAGAUACGAGGUUUUCUUACAUUGCCAUAUGCUGUCUCUCAAUAUUGAAAUGUCUUGACAAAAUCAAUGUAGAGAAGGCAGUUGAUUACAUUGUUAGCUGCAAAAACCUUGAUGGUGGUUUUGGGUGCACACCCGGAGCUGAAUCACAUGCAGGACAGAUUUUCUGUUGCGUGGGUGCUCUUGCUAUCACCGGGAGCCUCCAUCAUGUUGAUAAGGACUUGCUCGGUUGGUGGUUAUGUGAAAGACAAGUCAAGUCCGGGGGUUUAAAUGGACGACCCGAGAAGCUCCCUGAUGUUUGCUAUUCGUGGUGGGUCCUAUCGAGCCUGAUCAUGAUAGAUAGAGUUCACUGGAUCGACAAAGCAAAGCUUGUCAAGUUCAUCUUGGAUUGUCAGGAUUUGGAGAACGGAGGCAUCUCAGACAGACCGGACGAUGCUGUUGAUAUCUUCCACACCUACUUUGGAGUUGCAGGGCUUUCCCUCCUUGAGUAUCCCGGAGUGAAAGCAAUUGAUCCAGCGUACGCUUUGCCGGUUGAUGUCAUCAAUCGAAUUCUCCUAACCAAAUGAAGGCAAUGGUGUUUGACACUAUUAAGGGAGUUUCAGCUCAACUCUUCAAUACUGGGAGCAUUAGGACAUGAGCCGGUUUUAAGAUCAGCCUUUGUGCUUGCGGAGAUUGUGGGAGGGUGUUUCUUGAAGGAGAAGCUCAAAAACCUCCCUCAGGUAGGCAAAAAGCUCGUCAGCAAUUGUUCCAUCGGAGCAGAGUCCUUCUGCUCUUGUAACAACUCCUUCGAUGCUCCUUGAGCAAGAGAAGAAUCUCGGAAGUGCACGAAAGAGACUCGAGUUUGUCAAACUUAAACUCUCAAAGAAGAAAGAAAAUGAUGCAGACAAAACCAAUAACAGAUGGAGAAGGGCGAAAACAUGGAGCCCUUGUCCAAUUGGUAUGUUGCCUCGGUUCAUCGGAUCUUCUGGACUCUCAGAAUGCUCAUAAGAUCUCAAAACAAGCACAAGUAAACAACAAUGACAAAAGAGGAACUGAAGGCAAUAGUCAGCAAUUGGAGAAUUCAGCAUUUAAGAAAGCAAGGACGAGUACAGAAGAUCUUGUCAAAUGUUGCGACAUUUGAAACACAUGAGGAAGAAGCUGAGAUGGAAACAGAACAUGCAGAUGAGAAAUCUGAAAGUGAGAUCUGAUGUUAAAGGAAUGGCUUCUAAAGUUAAAAUGUGUUUGAUUGGAAAUAUUUUUGGAAACGUUCAUAGGCGUGCACUUAAACUGAUACGACAGUUUUUUUGGGAAAAUUAGUCAACCAGAUAUUGUGAUCAACUUACACAAGUAAGCUAUAUUGUGGCAUACAGAUAUAUUGGAACACUAACAGUCCCUUUUUCAACAACAUUAACUGGAUAACAAAUUAUUUUACAUGAAUAAGAGUAAACAAUGCGAGUGUAUUUUGAUUUUAUAGACAGAAAA